AACAUCAGCUAUAGCAACAGACAGAAGCAGAUUAGAAGAAGAAAAAAACACAAAUGGCUUCUUCAGUUACUACUUUAGCCCUAACCCUAAUCUUGAUCUUCAACCUUACGCCGGAAACAACCGUGGCCCGUCCUCUCAGUGAUCAAUCGGUGGCCACCACCACUGACGAAGCGAACAACCUGCCGUUUCCACCGGGCUUGCCAUUUGGAGGUGUUCCUCCGUUACCGUCACUUUUCCCGCCGUUUGUGCCUUCUCCAUUCCCUGGAAACAUCCCACGUUUACCGUUUCCGUUUCCGAUGCCGUCAUCACCUCCAGCGCCAUCUCUUCCUGGCUUCCCUGGCUUUAGUUUUCCUCCCUUGCCGUUCCCGUUCCUCACGCCGCCACCAUCGUGAACGCAUAGUUUUAUUAAUGCCGUUAUUAUAAUAAAUUAAAUAACCAUCUCGUUUGAAUAAACUAAUGUUAUAUCGAAAAUGAUCAUGUGUACUCGAUCAUAGUAAUAAAAUAUGAGUAUUUUGAUGGAAAAAUAUUACAAAGAGAUACAUAUAUAUAUGUCG